GGGUUUUCGAACAGUCAAAUAAGGUGGGACAGAGGACAGUUUGAACUCCUCUCUGGCCAAUGACCAAUUGACUCCACCUUCUUGAGAAAUCUGCUGCUUAUAUGAGCAAUUGCUUCUCCAGAGAAUACUCACUCGAUCUACUUCUGUCUGCUAAGAUAGAGAAGACCCUCCGUGCAUCUUGACUCACACAGAGUUCAGAUAUGCCUUCAGUGGGACUGGAGAUUCUUGGGGUGACUCUGGCUGUCCUGGGAUGGAUCUCAGCCAUUGUAUCCUGUGCCUUGCCCAUGUGGCGAGUGUCAGCUUUCAUUGGGGUGAACAUCGUCACAGCGCAGACCACCUGGGAAGGCAUCUGGAUGAACUGCGUGGUCCAGAGUACAGGUCAGAUGCAGUGUAAAAUCCAUGACUCCAUGUUGGCGCUGAGCGCAGAUCUUCAGGCCGCCCGCGCCCUCACUAUCAUCUCCAUCGUGUUGGGCGUCAUGGGACUCCUGGUGGCCAUAAUGGGAGCAAAAUGCACAAACUGUUUGGCUGAAGAGUCAGCUAAGGCUCGGGUGAUGAUAGGCGCUGGGGUGUCCUUCAUCCUGGCAUCUCUGACCCAGCUGAUCCCUGUGUCGUGGUCUGCCCAUACUAUUAUCAUGGAGUUCUACAAUCCAAUGACACCUGAGACACAGAAGAGGGAGAUAGGUGCAGCUCUGUACCUGGGCUGGGCCGCAGCUUCAUUUCUGCUCAUUGGAGGGGGCAUCCUCUGCUCCAGUUGCCCCCCACAACCUGAGAAAAGGUACAGGCCUCCAUCGAAGAUGGUGUACUCCCAAACUAGGUCGCUUGCCCCAAGUGGUUAUGAUAGGAGAGACUAUGUCUGAGCUCACACCUGCUCUUUUCUCACGGCUUCGCCAUCAUGGAAAAGACUGCUCAGAGAAAACCGGAGGGGACAGUCAUUUUUUGAUAACUUAUACACAUCUGUCUUCAUGUUGACAUGGAGAAAACUUAGAUAUUCUUUCCUCCAUAUAAUGUAUAUCUGUUUAAACAGAGCCUCUGUCAAGCUUGUUUUCCUUUCUUAAAUGUUUUGUGUAAAACUUGGAGGCUGUUGGAAGCACUGAGGCUAACAACUAUAUAUGUUAGUGAUGUGGUGUGCCCUGUAUUUUACAUUUUAUGAAAAUAAUUGCAUUAUUUGUGAAACAAAAGUUUAAAGAAUAAGUGAAUCAGCUAUUGUUUGUUGUUGUUGUUGUUGUUGUUGUUGUUGUUGUUGUUGUUGUUUUUUACAGUACUAACUAUGGUCAUGUUUUGAUUCAUGAUUUUUGUUAUAAAUACAUUUUGUAAAUCAGUUCAUUAGAAAUGUUUUGAUGUCUGUCAUGUUACUUUUAUAAAUUAAAGGCCUUGUU